CAUGUGCACAGGUAUAUGCAUUGGGCUGUUGGCGUUAGUCGUGGUGAUUUCUUGGAUCUACUGGGGUUCAAACAAACGAAAACUCAUCGAACUUAGAGAGAAAUUCUUUCAACAAAAUGGUGGGUUACUAUUACAACAACAACUCUCUCACAAUAAAUCAGCUCAUUCCAAGGAUACAACCAAAAUUUUCACAGCAGAAGAGCUGAGAAAGGCCACUAAUAACUACGAUGAAAGAAGGGUACUUGGGCAUGGAGGUUAUGGAACAGUUUACAAAGGAAUACUUCCAAAUAACAAGGCGGUGGCUAUCAAGAAGUCUAAAAUUGGUGAUCAAAGUCAAAUUGAGCAAUUUAUUAACGAGUUCAUUGUGCUUUCUCAAAUAAAUCAUCGAAAUGUGGUCAAGUUGCUAGGUUGUUGUUUGGAAACAGAAGUUCCUUUAUUAGUUUACGAGUUUAUUCCAAAUGGAACCCUUUCAGAGCACAUUCAUGAUACAACACAAUAUCCCUCACUCUCUUGGAAAAUGCGUCUCAAAAUAGCAACAGAAACUGCUGAGGUUAUUUCAUAUUUACACUCUUCAACAUCUAUACCAAUCAUGCAUAGAGAUAUUAAGACUGCUAAUAUUCUAUUGGACUAUAAUUACACAGCAAAAGUUGCUGAUUUCGGUGCUUCGAGAUUGGUUCCUCUUGAUCAAACUCAGUUGACCACUUUAGUGCAAGGAACAUUGGGAUAUUUGGAUCCGGAAUAUUUGCAUACUAGUCAACUAACAGAAAAGAGUGAUGUUUAUAGUUUUGGAGUUGUGUUAGCGGAACUAUUAACCGGUCAAAAGGCACUUUCUUUUUUUAGGCGAGAAGGUGAUCGAAAUCUAGCUCUGUACUUCGUUUCUGCUAUGAAAGAUAACAAUUUAUUCCAGGAAAUUCUGGACUCCCAAUUGGUUGAUGAGGCAGAUGUUGAAGAGUUGAAUGUGGUUGCCAAUCUAGCAAAACGUUGCUUGAAGGUGAAAGGAGAGGAAAGGCCCACUAUGAAGGAAGUUGCAAGUGAGUUGGAAGGACUACUUAAACACAAGGGGAUACAUCCAUGGGAGCAUAUAGAUUCUGAAGAGAGUGAGCGCUUACUCAAGGCUACUUCAUCAAAUAUUUAUAUGGGUAAGGAUAUCGAUGGCGAUUAUUCUAGUUGUAGCAAUACAACUUCUGGGGUUGAUAGCAUGAAUAUUGAAAAUUUAAAGCUAAAUGAACGUGUAGGGGAAAUAUUUAUUAAAUCUCUACAAUCUUGA